AUGAGGGUCCUCAGCUACCUUAUCCUUGCCAUUCUCUCUUACUUGCCAGCCUUGUCCCUCGCCGACGUCCCAGAUCAUAACUUCAAUAACGAGCUGUGUCCAUGGUAUUAUAUCUUCCAAAACUAUCAUAAUGACCCCAUGGAUUUUACCAUAGAGCUCGUCGCUACUUGCGGGAAUUCCAUGGACCAGACGGCAGAGUACAUCACAACUAGUCUAAACCUUGACAAGUGUUUCACCAAUAUAAACGGGAAUCUCACCUUAGCCACAUACGAUAAAUCCCCCCUGGGACCCUUUAGUAAAUCAUGUCGGAACUGCGGCUUGAAGAAUGUCGGAAGCUUCGAUGACACGCGGCCGACGAUAUAUUGUACCUGUACCAACAUAGACGACAAGAUAUCGCAAGAGCAGGCAUACGAGCUUCCCAAGGGGAUCUGGGUCAACCAGAACGGCACUAUCGGAUGCGUAGACCACUUCGGCACCAACAUCCCCUACGUCGACAGCAAGGUUCCCAAGAUGAUUCCCCCGAACCUACUCGCGCUGAUGGCGUCCUCGAACAAAUCGCUCGCAACGGUGACUGCGACGGUCCACGAGACGGUGUCCUCCACGGUAGACUCUAACAAUACGCUUGUCAGCACGGCCACGGCCAUGGUCACGAGCAACGUCACUCUCGUCACCACGGAAACCGCCACUGCCACCGUCACCGCCACCGCUACCAUGGUCAGUGUCGUCAGCGCUACCUGCCCGACCGCCCCCGCGGCCACGGUGACGGAGACGACGACGACGACGAAAACGAAGAAAAGAAAAGCCAAGACGGUCGCGACGGUUACGACGUCGCUCGUGAGCACCGUCGUGGUGACGGUUACCACGACGCGCCCGCCCACGGGGACCAUCGUCGCCGGCGUACAUACGACGGCGUUUGCUUCUUUCACCACCGUCUUUUGA